AUGACGGUGGUCGACAUGCAGCAAACUGGAUGCGGGGCGGGCUCCGAUGGUGGUGUAGAAACAAACGCCGCUUGCGUCGAGGGACGGCUACGGGGGACUCCUGAAGAAGCAGCAACUCGGCCUGCCACCACACAAGCAAUGGAAAAGGAAAACAAAUCUAGCAAUGAUAACGGACGCAAACUCACCGGGCGCGAUCUGCAGUCGCUACCAACCCGACAAUAUCUCGAUCAGACCGUUAACCCAAUUCUGCUGCAAGGCCUCAAAGCCCUUGCCAAAGAUCGACCUCAGGAUCCGGUGCAAUAUUUGGUCAACUUUCUACUGAAGAACAAAAGUCGCGUGGACGAAACGAACGGAACGGAGGAAGGUUGA